AUGCCGUGCGGGACCCGCGGACUAUCCCACUCGAGGGACAUCGCGCAUCGCGGCAUCGGGCAUCGAGUCCCCUUGAUACAUGAAUCCCUCUGUGCGCUUGACCCGGUGCCUGCUUUUCGACUGGCUUGGCCGACGGACGCCGGACCUGAUGCCUGCCACCUUCCUAGACGGCUCGAGGGGCGGGUUCCUUGCACUUGGAAGCAGGCUGAUGGGCGUGAGUGUCCGGGGCUCGUCCACCCGGCCCGACGGGUUGGGGCUGUGGCGCCACAUGGCUCCUUUCCUAGGAAGCGCCAGGGGGCAGUGGGAACCGCCACAGGGGCCGCUGUAGCGGGCCUUAAAGGAUGGGAAACCCGAUCACAGAUGCCCCCGCCCGCCUUCCUUUCACCGGACCAGUGGGAGAGGGACCGCAGGGACAUUAGGCCCUUCUCCACGUGUCAUGUGCGACUCUUAAUUUGGGAUGGACAGAACAGACCAGUAGUUCUCAGCGCCUUUGCUUACCCUGGGGUUGCUCAGAAGACUUACUGGUUCCUGGUUCCUUCUUCCCUUUUGAAGGACUUAAAGGAGAAGAAGGAAGUUGUGGAAGAGGCAGAAAAUGGAAGAGACGCCCCUGCUAACGGGAAUGCUGAGAAUGAGGAAAAUGGGGAGCAAGAGGCUGACAAUGAGGUAGAUGAAGAAGAGGAAGAAGGUGGGGAGGAAGAGGAGGAGGAAGAAGAAGGUGAUGGUGAGGAAGAGGAUGGAGAUGAAGAUGAGGAAGCUGAGUCAGCUACGGGCAAGCGGGCAGCUGAAGAUGAUGAGGAUGACGAUGUUGAUACCAAGAAGCAGAAGACCGACGAGGAUGACUAGACAGCAAAAAAGGAAAAGUUAAACUAAAAAAAAAA